AUGCACUGGAAUGACUCCGUGAUCUCUUACUACGGCCGUGGAGUAUUCGACGUUCUUUUCCUGUUGUCCGUAUUUCAGUAUUGUAUUGGAUACGUAUCCUUGAAUGAUGCCAUUAGUGACGGCGUGGCUUAUGCCUCCAUUGUUAAUAGAAAUGGUGAAGUAGUAGAGGCGGACAUGGAAUCUGUUCACAACGCCAUUGAGUCCUCAACCGAGUCUAUGACUUCUCGUCUCACCGCGUCCCUCUCCGAUUCAGGCUCUUCUGGCUCCUAUCCCAUUCUCGGCUACACAUACUUUAUCGUCCGAAUGUUCAACAAUUCUAAGUGCGAUGUCGCGAAAGAGCUCGUACGUUUUGUCAUGUGGUUCCUCUCGAGUCCCGUCGCGGAACGAACUUGCGCGGAACAUGGCUUUGCCUUGGUCAGUGAAUCGGUGAAGCAGAUAAUAAACAGUUUGGUUUUAGAGAAAAUGAAAUGCAAUGGUAAGCUCGUAUAUACUUUGGUCCGAAAGGACAUAGAGUGGGAACUUGCUCAGGAAAGGUAUCGUGUUCUGGAACUUCCUCUGAAGGUCGCCAUACCUAUUGUGAUAACGAUCUUCCUUGUCGGUGGUGUUGUCAUGAUAUACCUCCGGAUAAAGGCCAACCGAGCAUUAGACUGUCACGACUGGAACAUUGCUAUCGAAGACGUAGUAUUUUUUGAACCUGGGACGAUGUCGUUUUCCAGAUCUCGAUCCAGGUCCCAAAAGUCGACCAUGUCGCUAGAAUCAAAGAGAGAAGGUUUCCACCCCGAAGAAGCCACUAUGAGCGACAUAAUCCACUGGCCGGCCAAAUGGAACAAUCACACUGUCAGCGUGAAGAUUCAACACCCGUUCAAAUUGAGAGCCAUUUCUAGCCGCAGUAGACGAGAGCUUAGUUCGUGCAUCAGUAAUUUAGUCCACGAAAAUAUCGUACGCUUCUUUGGGUUAACGACUGUGGGUGAUGAGCGCUAUAUCGUGACGGAGUACUGUAGCAAAGGAGUCCUGCAGGACAUCUUGCACGAUGACAAGCUUAGCCUAAACACUAGUCUGAAAUUUUCAAUAGCCGCGGACAUCAUCAGCGGUCUGCAGUUCCUGCACGCGAAUGGCUUGGUGCACGGUCACUUGACCACGGAGUCCUGUCUGCUGGACACUAGGUGGACAGUGAAAAUCGCUGACUGGGAGGUGGGGCUGGUCAAGGGUUGUGUGUCGCUUGAAACGGACAAGCAUAUGGUUUCCGAGGUUCAACUCUACAACGUUCACGAAGACGAAAACAAACAGGCCUUGGGGAAUUUCUUCACGGCGCCGGAAAUUAUAAAAUCUCAUUUCAAGGAUGCCGCCACGAAAGCUAGUGACGUGUACAGUUUUGCGAUCUGCCUUCAUGAGAUUUUUACUCGUGACGAACCGUUCAGCGAACACGCGGAGAGUAUUGCGCCUCGUGAGGUCCUUGUGCUCAUUUUAAUGAACAACCUAAGACCUAUGCCGACGGAAGAAAUUCCUAGCAAAGUUCGGCAAAUUAUGGAGAUUUCAUGGACAGAUAACCCGGAGAGCAGACCGACGGCCUCUCAAGUAGCUGGGAUGAUGAAAAAGGCGAAUCCGGGCAAGCGAAGUGUGAUGGACAGCAUGAUGGAAACUCUGGAGGAAUAUGCUGUUCACCUCGAGAAAACAAUAGAGGAGAAAGCUAUUGAACUGGAGCUGGUCAAACAAAGUGCUCUGCAUUCUAAAUCUAGCCUGCUUCCCAAUUGGCUGGCGGAAAAGAUUUCCAACAACGAAAUUGGUUGUCUGCCCUUGCCGUGA